AUGAGUGUCCGGAUCCCACCCAGACUCCUGGAACUGGCGGGUCAGAGCCUGCUGAGGGAUGACGCCUUGGCCAUUGCUGCUCUGGAGGAGCUGCCUGCCAAGGUCUUCGCGCCAGUGUUCAUGGAGGCCUUCAGUGGGAGACACACGGAGACACUGAAGGCGAUGGUGCACGCCUGGCCCUUCGUCUGCCUCCCUCUGGGGGGCCUGAUGCAGACGCCUCACCAGGAGGCCUUACAAGCAGCCCUCGAUGGGCUAGAUGUCCUGCUUGCCCGGAAAGUUCACCCCAGGAGGUGGAAACUGCAGGUGCUGGAUUUACGGAAUACUGGUCAGAACUUCUGGAGUGUGAGGUCUGGAGCCAGGGUCCACGUGUGCUCACCGAUGGGACCAGGGGCUGAGGACAGUUCAAAGUCGAAGCAGCCCUUGGCUCCCUUGGAGGUGUUCAUAGACCUUUGUCUCAAGGAAAGGACCCUGGAUGAAUUCCUCACCUAUCUUGUUAUGUGGGUCAAGCAGAGAGAAGGCUGGCUACAUCUGUGCUGUAAGAAGCUGGGGAUUUCUGCAAUGCCCAUCCAAAAUAUUGAGGAAGCCCUGCAUAUGGUGCAGCUGGACUGCAUCCAGGAGCUGGAAGGGAACUGCACCUGGCAGCUGUGCACCCUGGGAAAGUUUGCUCCUUACCUGGGCCGGAGGAGUAACGUGCGGAGACUCCUUCUCUCCCACAUCCACGCGACUGCCUCCGAGGAGCAGGGGCAGCAUGUGGCCCGCUUCACCUCUCAAGUCCUCAGGCUGCACCACCUCCAGGGGCUCUAUAUAGAAUCUCCCUCCUUCCUUGAAGGCUGCCUGGACCAGAUGCUCAGGUGCCUGAAGACCCCCUUGGAGACCCUCUCAAUAACUAACUGCCUGCUUACGGAAUCAGACCUGAGACACCUGUCUCAGUGCCCCAACACGAGUCAGCCACAGAACCUGGCUCUGAGUGGCAUCAACCUGGCCUCUUUCAGUCCUGCCCUCUAAGUCCUGCUAGAGAAAGCUGCAGCCACCCUCCAGAACCUGGACUGAGAUGAGUGUGGGAUCGUGGACUCCCAGCUCCAGGCCGUCUUGCCUGCCCUGAGCCGCUGCUCCCGGCUCAGGACCUUCAGCGUCUGUGGGAACCUCCUCUCCGUGGCCAUCACGCAGAGGCUGCCGCGCCACACCCACCGGCUGCACAGUUUAAGCCUAGAGGUGUAUCCCGCCCCUCUGGAGAGUUACAGCCCUCAGGGGGCUCUCCACCUUGGGAAACUUGCCUGGUUUAGGGCUGAGCUCACAGAGAUUCUGAGGGACUUAGGGCGGCGGCCCAGGACCAUCUGGCUUAGCACCAGCCCCUGUCCUCCCUGUGGCAACAAGACGUUCUAUGAUGUUCAGUGGCCCUGUUAUGCGCCUGCCUAG